AUGAGUCCCACCACAUACUUGACAAGGGACGGCACUGUUAGGAGCCUCAAGCGCCAGCUCCAGUGCGAUGCAAUCAACCCUAAACGACUCCGACUUGAACCACAUCCCGCUAUGAACGAGACUGUUGUGGAAUAUUGUACUCGGAACCCAGCCGCGUCGGUCGUUGCACCAUUUUCGCCUAUAAAGCGGAACUUUGAGGACAGAACUAAUGACUUACUAUCACGAAUUGACAAGCUUGAGGCGAGGGAGGAGAAGUACUUAAAAAUUAGGGCGAAUUUUCAUAUUGGAAACAUGCUUAUCACAGUUUGCAACAAAUACCUUACUAAGGAUACGAGUGAUUCGGCAACAAAUAAAGGUGCAAGUGACCAUUCAACAAACCGUGCUAUACAGCGUGGCCGUGACGCGAAGAAGAAGGACCUUGCCAAAGCAGGUAUUCCAUCCAAGUUUUGGCCUGCGAUCCAGGACAUGGGACCGUAUAUCAAAGCGCGAAAUGUGUCCGCGCAUGAAUCAUACGAGGAGUUUGCGGUUAUUUUGAAAGAGCCCUGUAUGCAACAGUAUUACGACGAAUGGAGUGGUUUAUUUCCGAUAGCUUAUGGGGCCACGGUCGAGGAGGUCGCAGAGAAGAGUGGGCAGUUUCUGUCAACGAAUAUGUCCGAAGGCCGUUAA